CAAACAGCAUGGACGCGUGAGUGCCCCUGUCGACGAGAAAUAAUCAUCGCUUUGGUCCCAUUUUUCCAAUUUCAUCGGUUUUGUGUUGAUUGGCUCGCGGUGCGACGGGUGUGUGUUUUCUUUUACCUUCGGCGUACUGUUGUCUGAAGCGUCGUGCGAGAUCCUUUGCCGGACGAACCGACCAGCCCCGGGGUAAUCGAUACGCGAAAAUCCCGGAACCUCGCUGCCUUCACCUGCGUGUGCUGUGCGCCGUACCCCGUUGAUCCCGCAACUUUUCUUCCGGCGAUAGUGAAUUCUGCGACCGGGUCGCGCGAGACGGACACGAGGAACCACCAUCCGACCGGUCGCCACCAUCCACCGACACGCACCUUCUCCCGGAGUCACUUUCUACCUCCGGUCCCGCGUUAUCCCUCUGGCCUCCCCCUGUUCCCCGUAGAGGACAACCCGCGUCAAUCCCGUGUAUCGCGAAAGUGUGUGCAUCUAGAAAGCAGACCGCGUGUAUCAUCAUCACUUCCCAUGUGCGGUACAUUUUCCCCUAUCUCUUUCCGUCUCUCUGCGUGUGUAUCGCGUGUGCGCGCCAUUCUGCAAAUAAGUGUGAGCGGGACGGAAGAGGCGUAAAAACUCGCUGCUCUAUAUAUUGUGUGGUGCUGCAAAAAUCGGUGCUGCCCGGCACAAUCCGCAUUAUUCCCUUGGUGCACUCCGGUCCCGGGUCCGACCGGGUCUUGUUCGACAAGCCGCACGAAACAGUGUCCACAAGUGGUCAGCAAUGAUCAUACAUCUGCAAAGCCACAACAACAAACGGUGAAACUUCGCGUUGAUUGUUGAUGCAGUGACAAAACAUUGUGUAAUCAGAAACAACAACGUGUGACGACGAUACUUAACGAAAGUCCUGAGAGAAAUUACCAUUAGAAAAGGAAGCAUCCUAUCAUUUUUUCAAAAGAGUCCUUAUCAGUAGUAGACCAGCUCUAGCAGCCAGCGAUCACAAACCGGUGCCAGGAGUGGUGUUCACGUUGGGAACACAACGCAUCUAGUGGUCUAGUAGGAAGUCCGUUCAGAAGGGAGGAAAAGCUUCUCGAGUAGCUUUCCGUUUCCGGAAGCUUCCGUAAGGGUUAAACCGCAAACCGCGUUCCGCUGCGCAAUCUGCUUGUCUCUGGGGCGAAAGCACCACCGACAGCACCCACCUCCAAAACCCACUUUACAAAACGAUGGCUGUUUUUACGAAACUCUGCCUACCAGAUAUUGUCAAAUUAAAACGCUAGUUAGUAACCGCUGUCUUGUCCAUCUUCGUGCUUGUCGGUGGUCAUUACAAGAAUUUACUAAUUAACGUUUUUAAGGUACAAUAUCUGCAUUCUUGGGUUUUUUCCAUUCUUUUUCGUUCACUCGCACAUUACUUGUACUUGUACUAAUUUAGUUGUUGCUGUUUUGCGUAUACAUUGUCACACCACCUCCGCUACUUAAAGUACGAACAGCAUCUUUGCAUCGAUUGUGAUACUGUUUUGUUUUAUUUUCCUCUUUCCCUCGUCUUCUACUAACUGUUGGCAAGAAAGCAUCGCUUUCUUUCACUUUCAGUCAAUCGUGUGCAUUCUGAAUUGUUGAUCACCUGUUUUUUUAUACAUUUUUGUGUGUGUGUGGAAAAGUCAGCUUCCAUUCUCAUCGCUGAUUCCGUUACUUAACAUAUUUUUUUAAAGGUAACUGCUACUUUAAAGUUCACACUCGUAUUAGGCAUUACUAUCAAUACUUAAUAAUUUUAAUAUUAGUAACGCUUCGAGCACAAUCACACUACUGCCGUUGUGUGCUGUGUAUGUAUGUGUGUGUAGUGAAAACAAACCAACAACAACAGCGUAACACCAUUGUUUGAGAACGUUGGUGUGAGCUCGUGAGAAAGUGUCGCAUUUUUUGUUCAAGUUUGUGAUACACUAAUCGCUCUGGACAUCAUCGUUAGUGUGGUGUGUUGUAUAAGAGAGGCUGGAAUUUGCAAAUUACGUAAGCCCUAUUUUCGUGUGAGGGAUUGCUUUUAGCUGUGGUGAAGUAACGGAACCAUCAGCAACACGAAUAAACUUGCGGCUAGCGGGUUGAAUAACUUACGAAAAAUCGUACUAGAGAAGACAUCUUCCUUUUGAACGUGAUUUAACAAGACUUGAUACACCACGCCGCAUACCGUCUGAUCGAUUUAAGGCAGAAAGCAAAGCUUUUCGUUGUUUGUUAAAAACCAAUAUCUUGGAUUGUAAUCUUAUUUCUUAUUUGCUUUGUACCGCUUGUACGAGCAAGUAUUUUAGAAAGACAAUUUCUGUUUGUCACUUAGAGAAAAGGUAUUCUCACUAAACACACUCCAAAUUCGGCUGCCUGAUUGGAGCACUGCUAUCCAAAAUCUAGGGCUCAGUCAGACGACGUUAAAGCUUCAAUCCUCAACUCUUCCAAUUCUGUCUGGUAGAACACUCUCAAAGUCGAUCGUUUAAGUUCGUCGCCUUAAGCAAACCCAAAGCGCAUCUUGUAAAGCAAGCAAAAUGGAUCCCUUUGAUCCCGAUAUUCUGUGGUUGGUGAUCCUGGGCUUCGUAAUAGCGUUUAUUCUGGCAUUUGGUAUUGGUGCUAAUGAUGUUGCUAACUCGUUCGGUACGAGCGUUGGGUCGGGCGUGCUGACCAUACGUCAGGCAUGCUGGUUAGCCACCGUAUGCGAAGUGUCCGGCGCUGUUCUCAUAGGCUACAAGGUGUCCGAUACGAUGCGGAAAGGUAUCCUAGAGGUCGAGAUGUACAAGGGUAGCGAAAUCGAGCUGAUGCUUGGCUGUCUGUCGGCUCUGGGAAGCUCAGCGCUGUGGCUGCUGGUAGCAACGUUCCUUAAAAUGCCCAUCUCCGGCACACACAGCAUUGUUGGAUCGACGAUCGGUUUCAGCCUGGUAGCCCGUGGCACGCAGGGACUCAAGUGGAACACACUGCUCACGAUCGUUGGCUCAUGGUUCAUCUCGCCCGUGCUGAGCGGUUUGGUGAGCGUGCUGUUAUUCUGGAUGAUUCGCAAAUUCAUCCUGAACGCGAAGAACCCUCUGCGGGCCGGACUGUUCUCGUUGCCGCUGUUCUAUGGCACAACCUUGGCUGUGAAUGUCUUUAGUAUCGUGCACGAUGGACCAAAAUUGCUGUACAUGGAUAACAUCCCGCUGUGGGUGGCGCUUGCGGUCAGCAUUACGCUUGGUAUCGUCGUGGCAACGCUGGUACAGCUGUUUAUUGUGCCGUGGCAAAGGCGUAAGAUACUCAACGGCGAGAAGACCCAAUUCACGGUCGGCGACUCAGAUGGAGAUUCGUCAUCGAACGGUAGCCCGCGCCGGGCGAAGCGACCGCUCUCUCUGGUGGCCAGCGAUGGUAAACCGCUGCCAGCAAUUACCGAGACAACCGAGCUGGUUUCACUGUCGUCGCAGCAUCAGCAGCAGGCCUCACAAAAUGGGUUGGUGAAGAAGCUCUCAAAUGAGCUUUCGCCGGGCGGACCCUACAGCUUCAAUCCGGAGAUUGUUAAGAAGGCAAACAGCUUGCUUGGCGCGCACGACAAAACCAGCUUGGACAACACGGACCUAACGGUGACAAGCCUGAACUACAUCGAUGAGUUGCAAUCGUACCAUGGCAAUGGACGCUUCCAUCUCGGCACGUACUUUGACCGUCGCAACAGUACCAACGUAUCGCCGAAAUCACCCGACUCGGGACAUCUGAUCAAUGGAGGAAUGAAAGAACAACCUACCGUAAUCGCACUGCAGAAUGGCAAAUCACCCACCAGUCCGAAGAGCGACAGUACGCUUCCGAUAACCGACUACACGCUAAUGCCACAGAACGUGCUGCUGAGCAGCACGGAGCAAGACAUCAAAAAGACAGACAUGUGCAAGAUUGAAGCAGCCGCCGGUUUGGAACAUCCGCUCAUCAGUGCAACGCUCUCACCCAACUCGAGCAAAGUGCCAUUGAUUGGUGCGAAGGAAGGCUCCGAGGAGGACAACCGAAGACAAAAGCCGGUCGAAGAGAGCGAAGACGUGUCAACCCUGUUCUCCUUCCUGCAGGUUCUCACUGCUACGUUUGGCAGCUUUGCGCACGGUGGCAAUGAUGUCAGCAAUGCCAUUGGACCGCUGAUCGCGCUAUUCAUGAUCUAUCGCGAGGGUUCGGUGCUGCAAAAGUCGGAAACGCCACUGUUGAUCCUGUUGUAUGGAGGAUUGGGCAUUUCGGUCGGUCUGUGGCUGUGGGGUCGGCGUGUGAUCGAAACGAUCGGUAAUGAUCUCACCAAGAUUACUCCAUCGACUGGUUUUACCAUCGAAAUCGGUGCCGCCCUGACUGUGCUAAUAGCGUCCAAAAUUGGUCUGCCCAUUUCUACGACUCAUUGUAAGGUGGGCUCAGUUGUGUUCGUUGGGCAGGCAAACUCACGGCCAGCGACAGUCGAUAGCGGUAAGCAUGCGCAUCAUGCCGUGACUGCGCAACAGAAAGCGGUUGAUUGGGGGCUGUUCCGAAACAUCGUGUAUGCCUGGGUAGUCACUGUUCCGGUGGCAGCCCUGCUGAGUGCCGGUUUUAUGGUUGCCCUUCGCGCUAUCGUGUUGCCUUAAGAAGUGCGAAAUGGCUUUCGCUCCUACAACCAACAUCAGAACAGCAAUAAUUAAGUGACAGAAAAACACAAAAUGCAACCGCGCUACGAAAUCAAGCGAAGAUGGGCAAGAAGUCGGCAGGGCAGCGAAGAAGCCGACAGGCGAAGACACCAUCCGGAAAUGCUGGACAUGCUGGAGUAAGCAUUGCGCUACAUGCACGUCUGCCACCAGACUCAAUCAAGCAAAUGCACAACAGCAAUUGUUACACUCAGCUAGAGAGAAAAAAAAGGAUGCGAGGGGGCUGUUUGCCGUUCCACAUCGAAGGUUACACCUAUUCUUAUCUCCAGAACUUUAGUUACUUAAGCAACCACAUCCUUAAGAUUUAAGUAGUUUUGUACUGCGAUAUAAUAGUUAGUUCAUUCUCAUCUCAGAAUAUGUUUUUCGCGCAACACAACACUAGUCUCCAAAACGAAAAGUUACAGGGUUUUUGGUAUACACAACACUUGGGGAGAAAGCUUUAUUCAACCAUUGGUAAGCUGGUAAAGACUUGCCUUCUAAUAUGAUUGGAUGUUUGAAAUGAAGCCUUUUUUACCAUGUGCGGAGUACUAGCACAGUAUCGUCAUCAUUCAUUCAUCAGUUAGUUCAAAUUUUCCUAUAAGUUGUGAUUUUAUAAUUUUUCUCACUAGGUAUAGCAGAACAGUUCAAUGCUACGGUAUAUACGCAAAGUGUGCAAGCUCUUACAACAAGCUCAGCAAAGUAAGAAUAUUACGCAUACGCGUUGAAUAGGCAGGCGGAAAAUCUGUUGCGGGACAAACAGAUGACAGAGUGGUCGGAUUGUACUAGUUGACAGUUAGUUACUUCAACUGAGGCGUUUGUAUUGAUUGCACAGCCAGAUAGAAGGUAUAUCAAACGAUACACACCUAACAGCAGCACAUGGCAGGAAACAAAUAUCAGAAAAGCAUGGUAUUGAGGGCGGGAGUAAAAUUCGAUAACAAUUAACAAACAACACAACAAAACACACAACAAAACCAUAAACAGAUUGUAGAGGUAUUGUAAUUUACUAAUCGUUAGCAGUUAGUAAAUAGCAGCUAGAAAAGCUAGUGUAGAGUGAGAUCUAUGUAGCAUUAUGAGCCGUGCAGAUGAAAGAAAAGAUAAACCUAUACAAAUACCAACCGGCUCAAGAAGAGAGCAUAAAAGUGCCGAAACAGGUGCGGCGGAGUACAUUAAAACAAAACAGAUGAAAUUUUGUUCCGUUUUCCUUUCCUCUUUCCGUGCCCCAGACAUGAUGGUACGUAGUGAAAAGAAAUUAUCCAUCUAAAAUGCGAUCAGCUGGAUUUGGAAAUUGAGUGUACGUCUCAAUUUCCAUGCUCUCCAUCCUUCGGUUUGCUAUGUUAAACCUCUAACUCCCAUCAUUGCAAAUUUGUCAAUUGUGAUCAUAGUUCAUCCUAACAUCGGAGGGUGAUCGUGGGCUGAAUACAAUAAUCGGAACCACAUCUCAUACACUAAUACCAUUUAAACGGCGCAAAUCAUUUGAACCUCUCACUCGUCAACCAUUGACAAUGCUAAUGCUGCCAAAUUGUUGCUUUUGUUUUCACUGAUACCAUACACUUUACACUAAAGCUCAACGUUACUCGAACGCCAAAUUAUAUCAAAUGUCGCAACAGUCGAUUGCGAUUGAGUUAGCUACCAGGACUUAUAGGGCUGCAAAUGUCGGGCUACACUGUGACAGUUGACCCUAGUGUGGUGGAAAAGACACAAAGCCGAUAAAAACAGUUUUGAGGAUCGAUCUCCAUUGGAAGCUAGUAGUUGGUGUACAUGUCUAGGUUGUAAAAUCCGAUCGCUUCCGCAGCCAAACCAUCCUAGGCGCUAUAUUGUACCGUAGAUUCCGUCCUCGAGGAAUCCGUGUGAAAGCAACCAAACAAACAAACAAACGUAGUUGUAACUGCAUAGUAGUUCAUACGAACAAUCUGUCUGCAAAACCGUCAGCCUCUACUAAUAAUACCGUUAGCAUUGCUACACUGAUCCCAAGGAGAAAAACGUCGAUAAAACCCAUAAGGUGAAAAGCUCAGCGAAUUGCGCAUCAGAUGCAAAAGUACUUACAAAUCUACACGGCCCCCCAUCCUAGCAUCCUACAAGAGAAGGCAAGUCGAUCCAACGCAAAAGAAAAAAUACAAUUUCAAACCAAUAUUAGCCAAUGUGAUUAUACAAAAAAAGAGAAAAAAAACUCACCGUAAUAGUUAACACACGGCGGUCCUUCGCAUCGCCGUGUGUAUCGAUGUGUGUAUUGUUACUGUGUAAAGAGGUGAGUGUGAAGCGGGUGGUGCUAAAACAAAACAAAAAACAAAAACAGAAAACAGAAACUAACUAACACAUUAGUUCCCUGCCACCUCCUUGUCAUUAGACCGUUGUUAAACAUAUUACAUGUUGAAUUGAGGAUGCAAUUCCUGGAUAGCUGCUAUGCAGUCUUCAUCCUAAUGCAAUGUUAGUUGAAGAAAACAAAGAAACAAGAAAGCAAACAUUUGUCGUUUAGAAAAAAAUACUAAAAAACACAAACACACAUACACACGCAGUCACAAUUCAAAGAAAGACGAAUUGAAAUUGAAGUAAAAGAAAUUAAAGCAAAACAAACAUACACUCCAACUACAAUAUUCUGGAUGUUGGGUUACAGAAGUGAUAAGUGUAGUGCGAUGAGAGUUUCCUUGAUCUGACCAUCAGGCGAGCAUGUCUCAGUAGUAUGGCUUUUUCCCGUUACUUAAUUAUUGCUUUCGGUAGGAUUAAGAAGCUUAUGUUCUUUUAUAUUACAAACAUUUUUUCAACUAGCGCACAGUUGUAUAUGAUGUAAUUGCAAUUGUGUGUGUGUUUCUUAAAUUACGAUUUUAUGUUAACUAACGACAGACAGAAGAAAGAGAGUAAACUUUCUCCAUGAGACUGCAAUGGGAAUUUGUUUAAAAAUAAACACACAAACAAUUCACCUAAACUAUGACUCUGAAAAUUCUAUACAUUAGACAAGCGCAACACGUACCAUUCGCAGAGAGGGUUUUUUUCUGUAGUGACCAAUACGAAGUGCAUAGGGCUGCAAUGAUCUCACACACACACACACACAUACACACACACUUCCAUACAUGCACUAGGAAACAUUCAUUUUGCAAAAUUAUGGUGUACUUUUUUAACAACACACCUACAAAUAGUAAUUUUUCAACGUGUGGCACUGUAUUGCUAAAAGAAAACUUACUUGCAUGACAUGUAGAAGAGCUUCAAUAGUAAUGAAAGUAGAACGAAUUUAUGCCUUUUUUAUUAUUAUUGUUUUGCGAAGAGUUUUCUUUUUGAAAUAGUAAUUGACAGUAAACUGCUAAGCUGUCCCAAUCACCCAAUUGCGUACCGUACACAGUAGAAGUGCUGAAUUCUCCUUCACGACCUAAAUCCACCAACCUCGCACGUUACUCCAAUACAGUCUUCUUGCUUGCGAAAUACGUUCAAGUUUCAAACCCGUGGUACCGAUGUGUUCCAUCUUUCGUUCUUUCGGUAUGCUUUUGAAAGGUUUUUGUUGAUAUUUCCAUUGAAGGUACGAUCAUUUGUGUUUUAAAACCCUUCGGGAAUCCUAUAACAAAGCUUCAGCAAAACGAAGAACUCCCAAAGGAAUUAGUAGUAAUCAGAAUGUAAAUGUACUAAACAGACAAAACAAAAUGUUAGAAACAUUAUUUCGACGUGUAUUUAACAAAGCUCCAUCACAAUAGAGAGAGAGAGCGAGAGAUGUAAAACAACACAUAUGACCAGGAUGAGGACAGAGAUACAUUGGUAGCAGGAAAGAUUAACACAACACAGAAAAGGAAAGCAGAUAAAACAUGCCCGUACAUCUUUCAUACCUUGGGAAGUUAUACAUAAUACCGUACGUCAAUGGAAGUGUGAAACUGAUCCAUCAAAACUAUUGAGCGUAGGGAAGCGAAUGGAUAAGCAGAACCUAAUUGUUAUAGACCAGAAGUAAAGAAAGCUGGGGCAAAGGGACACAACAAUACCUGAUAGCAAAAGAUAACAUGUAAGCAAGCAACGAAAAGGAAAAAAAAGUACCGACAGAGUCCGUAGAACAUUGUUCUACUAGUAGUGAACAUCUUUUGCUGUCGGUAGCACGGUCUUGGUAACAUACAAUAGCAACAAAUAUGAUGCUUGGGAUGAAUGGAUGAGAAAAUAAUGGAAACAAAACCGUUGGAACCGUUUCUAACCGUGCGGUGGCAAGUGAGAAAGAGGAGUAUGUGUAAGCUGCGUGAUUGGGUUAGGAAUAGUAACGCAAGGAAUUCAACUAAUGUGCGAAUGAAACCAAUGUAAAAGAGCGGAAAAAACCAGUACAAGAAUGCAAGAGCUCUCAAAAUCAAUAAACCUAAGUCUGAUACAACAACACGGAUGCAAA